AUGCUGCUCUCGUCGCUCCGUAGCAAGCUCGCAUCCUCGACGCUCCGCCGCCAGUAUGCAUCAUCGGCGCCGCUCGUCACGGAGCGCAUGAACAUGUUUACGGCUUUGAACGACGCGAUGCGCGUGGCCAUGGAGACGGACCCGACUGCCGUCGUCUUUGGCGAAGACGUGGCCUUUGGCGGCGUCUUUCGCUGCACGGUGGACCUCAAGGAGAAGUUUGGCGAGGACCGCGUCUUCAAUUCGCCGCUCUGCGAGCAAGGUAUCGCGGGCUUUGCCAUCGGCUACGCGAGCAUUGGUCGCACGGCGAUCGCCGAGAUCCAAUUCGCCGACUACAUCUUUCCCGCGUUUGACCAGAUUGUGAACGAAGCCGCCAAGUUCCGGUACCGCUCGGGCAACCAGUUUGACUGCGGCAAGCUCACGUUCCGUGCGCCGUACGGGGCUGUCGGCCACGGCGCGCACUACCACUCGCAGUCGCCCGAAGCAUACUUUGCCCACACGCCGGGUCUCAAGGUCGUCAUUCCGCGCAACCCGACGCAGGCCAAAGGCCUUCUCCUCGCGUCGAUCCGCGACCCGAACCCGGUUGUCUUCUUCGAGCCCAAGGCGCUCUACCGUGCGUCGGUGAGCGACGUGCCUGUCGGGGACUUUACCGUGCCCCUUGGCCAAGCCGACAUCAUGCGGUCGGGCACCGACAUUACCAUUGUCGGUUGGGGCGCGCAGAUGCGUGUCCUCGAAGACGCGUGUGACAUGGCCGAAGAGGCUGGUGUGAGCUGCGAGCUCAUCGAUCUGCAGACGAUCACGCCGUGGGACGUCGACACGAUCGAGCAGUCGGUGCGCAAGACUGGUCGUCUCAUCAAAACCGGUGGCUUUGCGUCCGAGAUUGCGUCGACUAUCCAAGAGCGCUGCUUCCUCAACCUGGAGGCGCCGAUCCAGCGCGUUUGCGGCUACGACACGCCGUUCCCGCUGGCGUACGAAAAGCUGUACCUGCCGGACGCGCUUAAGAACUUUGAAGCCAUCAAGCACGCCGUCAACUACUAG